AUGGUGGAGGACAUGAAAGGUAAAAUUCGGGUGUUUUGUCGGAUACGGCCCAUGAGCCGCGCCGAGGCAGCUCAGGGAGGUGCCAUCGCUGUGGGGCGUCUGGACGAUUACUCUGUUACCGUGGAAACCUCAAGGGGGCCGAGAGAGUUCCAGUUCGACCGGGUAUUCAGUGGCGAGAGCUCCCAGGAAGAUGUGUUCCAAGACACCAACAGGCUGAUCCAGUCAGCCAUCGACGGCUUCAACGUGUGUAUCUUUGCGUAUGGUCAGACAGGCUCCGGAAAGACCUUCACCAUGGUGGGUGACAGAGACCAGAGAAGCCCAGGCAUCAUGCCUAGAGCGUUCAAUGCCGUAUUUGACAUCCUCCAGGAGAAUGCCACCAAGUUUGACUUCAAGGUCUCGGUCUAUAUGUUGGAACUGUAUAAUGACCGGCUCCAGGACCUCUUUGUGAGCGGGGCCGAGGCCCAGAGCAGGCGGGUGGAGAUUAAAAGGAACAGAAAGGGGCUUGUGUUUGCCCAGGGAGCAGAGACAAAGGAAGCUUCCAGCGCCGGGGAGCUCUUCGCCAUGUUUCAGCAGGCUUGCGCCAACCGCCAUAACGCAGCCACCAAGAUGAACGUGGAGAGCUCUCGUUCCCACCUGAUCAUUGGGAUCAUGGUGGAGACCAGGAAUCUGACCAAUGGGAGUGUGAGCUUUGGGAAGUUGAGUCUGGUGGAUCUGGCAGGGAGCGAGAGAGCAGCCAAGACUGGGGCAAAAGACGACCAGCUCAAGGAGGCUAACUCCAUUAACAAGUCUCUGAGUGCUCUGGGAGAUGUGAUCUCUGCCCUGUCCUCGGACCUGCCGCAUAUCCCCUACAGGAACAGCAAGCUCACCCAGAUCAUGCAGGACUCGCUGGGCGGCAACGCCAAGACGCUCAUGGUCGUCAACGUCUCGCCUUCCGAAUGCAACCUGGACGAGACGCUCACCUCCCUUAUUUAUGCCACUCGAGUGAAGACCAUAACCAACAUUGCACAAAGAAACCUGGAGAGUAAAGAGAUAGCCCAGCUCAAAGAGGUGAUCAUGAAAUUGAGGUCAGGACAGCCAGUGGAGGAUGAUGAGGUCUAA